AUGUCUGCCGAGCUUGGCAUUGCGGCCACAGAGACGGAGACGUCUGAAUUCCUGGAAACCUUUUCUGGCAACUGGCCUCCGGGUAUUGAAGCUAUGGCGUGGGCUACACCUUACGGCGCAUCUGUCAACGGAAGCUUCUCUGCGGAUUCCCCAUUUGGCCUGUGGGGCUACGGUGAUGGCCGGGCUAUGUCCAUGGGCCACUUCCGCGGAGCUCACCACUCCUGGGAAUUGCAGCUGAAAGGUGCUGGGAGAACACCCUUCUCCCGGAACUUCGAUGGCCGCGCCGUUCUUCGGUCCAGCGUGCGGGAGUUUCUCGCAAGCGAAGCGAUGCAUUCUCUCGGUGUUCCAACGACCCGUUCUCUUUCACUGGUGGCCUCGUCCCAGCGUGUGACACGCCCAUGGUACCUGCCGCCGGGCCUUUCUUCCCCCACCGCGCCACACCCUCCGAGCUGUAACCAAGAGGAGCGUGCAGCCGUGCUUUGCCGCUGCUCGCCGUCCUUUUGGCGCGUGGGCCACGUUGAACUCUUUGCACGGCGGGGUCCGGAAGAGCUGAACGACUUGCUCUGGCACCUCAUAAAGCAGGAGAGCCUCCGCUUGCCCUCAAGUCGGCUCGCGGAUUCGAUCGUGGCCUUCUUCGACGAGUUCCUCUCAAAGCAAGCGGAGCUGGUGGCAGAGUGGCUCAGGGUGGGAUAUGUGCAUGGAAACAUGAAUUCAGACAACUGCCUUCUUUGUGGCCAUACGCUCGACUACGGGCCAUUUGCCUUCCUCGAGCGCUUCGACCCUCACUUCCAACCCUUCACCUCCGACAAAAAAGGCAACUAUGCCUUCCAGCGUCAACCUACCGCAGCUGCUGCCAAUGCCCGUGUUUUGGCGGAGUCCUUGCCCAGCGGCCUCAGCGGAAGCGAGCAGUCGGACUGCCAGCUUAAGCUGCAGCAGCUCCUGCAGGAUUUCGACAUGAGAUUCGACCAGGCACACGCAGAAUGCUGCCGGCGCAAGCUGGGCCUACAACGCUGGGAUGGCCAGGCACAGCAGCUUUGGUCGGACCUACUGGAUGUCAUGGCGAAGACCGGCGCUGACUUCACAAUCCUCUUCCGGCUUCUGUCUGGCGUAGACAUCGACCAGCCGGAUGUCGGACAGCUCGGCCGCGCUUUCAUUGAGGCUCCAAGCGGUGACGGCCGGCACAUUUGGGCUGCGUGGCUUCGCCGUUACGCAGAUCGGGUGAACAAGGACGGCCGUGACAAAGCUGCACGGCUGUCGGAGAUGCUGGCCGCCUCGCCGAAAUACGUCGCAAGGAACUGGAUGCUCUUCGAAGCUUAUGAAGCUGCCGAAAGAGGCGACUAUGCACCAGUGCGUGGAAUGCUGCAGCUCUUCAUGAGGCCGUACGACGAGCAAAUGCAAUUCGAGGAGGCCUUCUUCCGCGUCGCGCCGACUUGGGCUCUCUCCCGGGGUGGCCUUGCCUACCUGAGCUGA